AUAAAUACUCCUUGGGACCCCAACAGAAGAAAUCCUAAAACUGGGACUGUGGUCCUUGCUCAUAGAAUUGCCCUAGUCAUUGAUAGGCUGAGGAUUCCCUUCAGGUCUCCAGGGCAACAGGCCAGCUGACCAAUCAACUACUAGGUAUGGGGUCAUUGUUGGAGGAGGGAAUGUUGCUAUGACUACUGAAACCUUGGUGACAGCCAAACAGAAAAGAGCCUGCUCAGCCUCCCCAGACCGAAUCAAGCAAGUCUGUAGACAUGUCUGAGGAAAAGAUACCCGAGGUAGAAGAACAGAGUUUUCAAAAGGCCUGGGGACUUAAGAAGAUGGCUGACAGGUGGCGAAGUUCACACAUUCACUGUCAGUGGCAGAUGACAUUGAGCCAGAGGAGAAACCCCUAUGCCACCCUCAGGAUGCAGGUCACCAUGGCACAGGAGUUGGCCCUGGCCAACAAGCAGCUCCUGAUGGUCCGGCAAGCUGCCCUGCACCAGCUCUUUGAGAAGGAGCAUCGACAGUACCAACAGGAACUAAAUCAGAUGGGCAAAGCGUUUUACGUGGAGAGACUCUGACGGCAUCCGAAACACUGCCCUUCCCGUCUCACCGUGCCUGCUCACCUAGCCUUCUGGAGCCCCUACCACCUUGAAUGUCCUUCCCAAAACACACCUGGGUCUAGUUACCUGCCCAGGACUGCAGAUGGGGCUCCCACUCUUACCUUUCUCAGGUCAACCCCCUGACGCUAUUAGGAAACAAUCCAUGAAACAGUGGUGAGAACAAGAGUGGCGCCUUGUGGUCAUAAUGAGCUAGGCAGUGUUGAUGUGAGGUGGAGAGAUGGACAAUGGGAGAGAAUCCUGGUUUAACCAAUAAAGCUAGCUUUAGACAUUCAAACUUAGACCCCUUGGCUCACGUUUUCCGCCCUAAGAGUUGAUUUGCUCCAGCUCUGCUUAUUCACAGCUGCCUUAACCUUAAUACAGGUAGCUUAACAUAGGUGGCUCCCCCCCUCUCAGAUCUCACGUCCACUCAUCUUUUCUGAAUGUGGCUGUUAAUCCCUAGGCGCUGUGGGGUUUGAGGCUCAAGAAGCCUGCGUGUGAGGUUUGAGUCAGCCAGUUAUUGGGAGACUUUGAGGUGGGUCUGAAUUCCCACCUCUGCAAAAUGACAGGGUUCCAAACUCCAAUGCCUUCACGGGUCAGGCAGGUAAUACAACAGACAUGAGGAGUUGUAGGAUUUAUAGGGGACCAGAAAGAGCGUUAAAUCUAAAGGCAUUCAAAAUUUGAAAAAUACUGCAAAGGACUGACUUAUCAUACGCAUCUAUAGGCCACAGAGAACCUUCCUUUCCACUUUACAUUCAAACGAUCUCCCAAACCAGAGAGACCCCCAUUUUAAAAAAAGAUUCCCUUUCCCCAGCCCCGCCCCUUUGGCAACCACCCGCUGCUUCUCUGUAUCUAUGGAGAGACGCCAUUUUGCAGCCUGUAACAGUGGCAGGAAUACACCAUCAUUCCGAUGUGGUCACCAUCGUACACACUUCCAUGUUCUCUCCCUUUGCCGUCUGCAUCCAAUUGCUCACUCAUCCUUCCACAAUGAUCUGACGUGCCCUCAGCUCCACAUGGCUGUCUCCACUGCAAAACACACUUUUUCUUUCCCCCUCCCCCAAGUCCAUCUCCAUACCUUAAUAUAUAUGUUUCAUCUCAACUGUCAGGGCUUCUCCUUCCUUCUCUCCCUACAUACCCCACAGAUGAGCAGAGAGAGGGAACAGGGUCCAGAGAGAACACGGGCUUGAAGUCGGGUGUGGCUUCAAAGUCGGGCUUUUCCGAAUUGUGUCAUCAUGUGUAAGUUGCUUCCCUGAGCCUCAAUUUCCUCUUCUGAAAAUGGGGACAGUCAUACCCAUCUCAUAGCAUCAUUAAGAGGAUUAAAAAUAACAAGCAUAGGCGAGGAUGUGGAGAAAAGGGAGCCCUCAUGCACUGUUGGUGGGAAUGUAAGUCGGUACAGCCACUGUGGAAAACAGUACGGAGGUUCCUCAAAAUAUUAAAAAUAGAACUACCUUAUGACCCAGC